AUGUGGCUGUUUGGGCGAAGACGCAGAAAGGCCGCUAAAUUCAGAGACGGACCCACCGAGGUUACAGACAGGAAGCGGCCUGUCGCAGAGCAAACCAGCACGAUUCAGACGGGCAAUGGGCCGCGACGAGGGCCCAGCCAGCGCCAGCGCCGGCGGAGAGGCAGUUCACGCUCUACCGCAUCGGUACGCGACGUUGAAAAGAUGUGGGUUCAGUCGAGCGCCGAAGACAUCACAGCCCUGCCCAACCAGCACCGCCUGGCUCACAGCCCGCACCUGCGCCCAAUAACCCACGACCACGCCGGCAUCCCCUACAACUUCCACACCCACUCCCAUUCCAGCCUGCGCAGGGAUCCGCCCGCAGACUCUUCCCUGGUCCGCCGCAAGUCGAGCAAGAGGCGAAAAGAACAUGACCACGUCCGCGAAGAGGAGAUCCGCGCCAUGUCAUUCCCAAUGCCGCAGAAACGUCCCGCCGCCAGCUCGGGAGGCAUGCUCCGCAGAGACAGCAAGAAGGUCAAGGGCGUCCUGAACCACCGCUUCGAGCGUCCCACGUCAAACGUAUCGCUGCCCCUCGAAAACUCCAUACAUUCAUCCAUGUCUGGCAAUUCAGAGAACCGUGCCUUCCGCGUGAGCGCGCUCGACAUGUUCUCUCCCCGCCCGACUAUCCGCGUCUCCGUCGGCUCCAACCACUACGCCAGCGACCGCAUGUCACCCAACACCUACAGCGACAAAUCCACACGCCGACCCAUUAGCAGUACAGAUGAGAAAGCGAGCCGAAGGACGAGCCGGAUCGACGACCUCGCCGACGAACUCGACGCCGGAGCACUUCGCGAUAUCCUAGAACGAGACAAGAGGCGGAGAGAGAAGAAGGCCAAGGCCGAUCAGGAGCGGUUGCGCCGGAGACUAGAGCGCCGUGCAGAGAAACAAAAUGCCAUGGAAGUAAGAGGUACGCCUGCGACUCCCAGCAAGGAGGGCACUGGCAUGGUCGGUCUCGGUAUCGAGCGAGAGGUGCCUAUGCCUAUGGAGGAUGUCCGCCCAUCUACGCCGCCUCAGUCGCAGCGACUGGAGAUGCCCGUCACACCCCGUGUUGAGUACAGUCAAUUGCCGACGCCGUUGGAAAGCCCGACAGAAGACCCCGUUGUAUCCGAUGCCCGGGCUGUUCGUUAUUCACGAGGCAGUGCUUCCGCACACGUACACACACGCGGACCUUCCAAUGCUUCAAUCUUGCCAGAACUCAUCUCGGAGAAGCUUGCACAUGACACACCUGUAGAAUCUGUCGAGCAUGCGCACGAUCCUACUCGAAGCGGCUCGCUACAUCCCGUUGAAACUGCCGAUACCUUUGCCACGUCAAAACAAGGUUCCUCCACACGCCGGCGUAGCUCAGAGGGCAGACGUAUGGGUGUAUUUGCAUCUCUUUUCCGAAGAGGCAAACGCAACUCACAAGACCAGGCACGGCCGACACCAUCAGAGAUCUCAUUUUCCAACACAUCGCGAGAGUCCAUGUCUCGUCAGCCCCUCCCGCCUCACCUGGUUGGAACCGCCCCUCCUACUCAACCAAUUCAGAUCAAGAGACCUUCUAGCGUACCCCGACGAACAAUGUCCAAAUUCAGAGAAGACCUACCGGAAUUCCCUCUGUCACCUCCAGAUUCACGGGUGCAGUCGCCAGAAGUCCCUUCCACAAGCGUCAUCGCCGCUCGCCGCAGAAGCCAGCAACCCUCUGACCUCCGUGUUGGGUCACUGCCCGGAGAUCGCUCAGAUUCUCCAGUCAGUCCAGGGGCGCCCAUCAAUGUCAUGUCGCAAUCACUCGCCUCUGUCGAUUCCGAGGGAUCGUGGCUUUCUGGUAGACCACCCAAGAGAGCAUCGAACCGGUCGCAGAUGCGCGCCAGUCUGACAUCCUCAGCCCCGCAACGCAGUGACGAUUUCAGUGCGUCCUACGAGGAAUUAGGCAUGGCGGACGAUGAAUACUUCAAAAGGCUAACGCCUCUGCCAGACCAAAGAGGUCGAUCUCCUUAUGCAAGCGAUGAUCGGGGACGCAAGGCUAGCAGCACGCUCAUGACGCUAGACGCUGCUGCUGAGUCGGACGAGGAGGUUGAGCCCGCACCUGCGCAGAUGCCGUCUGGCCAGCAAGAAGAAUUUGUGCAAGGAAGUGUCGUUCGCCAGCCUACUAUAAUCCAUCGCCGACCCCGCGUCAAAUCGACUGAAGGCCUCCUCAGCAUGUUUCUCGAUGACACUGAGGAUCCAUCAUCCAAGGUUGCCGACAUGGGGCAAGAGUCACCAGACCCGGACUCACCUACGUCCCCAACGUCGGACACUGAACCAGUCAUGCUACAGCGCGCUAAAAGCGUCGAUCUCGGGAAGGGUCACGUUCGUCACCUCAGCGCUGGUUCCGCUAGGCUCUUGGACAUUCAGAAGCGAUCUAGUACACCAGUACAAGGCCGAUCGCACAGGCUGUCCGGGCAAGAGUAA